CCGCCGCUGCAAUUUGCUUAGCUGUUAACAUCUGGUCAAAAGGAAAGUCAAAUGUCUGCAUACCCAGCACUUCCACCGCCGGACGUUGUCCACCGCCACAUAAACAGCGGCGCCAAUAUAUACAAUUCUGUGUGCCACUCCCAUCCCUCGCCCUCGGUCUCGUUCUCAUCGCAGUUUCCGUUUCACGUGAUCAUGAGUCCUUUUCUAUGUAUAUAAAUGGAUCAUGAGUCCCUUUCUACCGCUGAUCACUACUCUCUUCAAGUAAGAAGAUAUAAUUAAUUGAGCAACAAUAUCGACGAUGUGUGGCGGCGCGAUCAUCUCCGACUUCAUCCCUUCCCGCCAGCGCCACCGCCACCCCCACAAUGCUUCCGGCGCCGCCGAUUCCGAUGAUAUCCUCUCCGCCUCCGACCUCUGGCCCUGCUCUGCCCCUCCUGUAAAAGUUCCUCGGAAGCGCGAGCGCAAGAACUUAUACCGCGGGAUCCGGCAGCGGCCGUGGGGGAAGUGGGCGGCGGAGAUCCGCGACCCGGUGAAGGGCGUGCGGGUUUGGCUCGGCACCUUCGCCACCGCCGAGGAGGCCGCCCGCGCCUACGACCGCGAGGCCCACCGCAUCCGCGGCAAGAAGGCCAAGGUCAACUUCCCCAACGAGAUCCAGCCCGACGAGCUCGAGCACUGCCACGGCUCCGACCCCGUCGGCGACCGCCUCGUCGCCGAGCCUGACCCUCAAGAGAAAUUGGCCACGCCGGCCGCAGAAGAGGACGCAGAUGUCAGGAGGCUGUCGGAGGAGCUGAUGGCCUACGAGUCGUACAUGAACUUCUUCGGGAUCCCUUACAUGGAUGGCGGAGGAGCAUGCACGGCGCCGGCUGCGGAACAGGGGACGGGGGCGUGUAAUCCGGUGACCGCGCCGGGCAUGGAGAUGCUUUGGAGCUUCGACGACGACGUUCUUUUUCCUAUCCCCGACGACCUCUGAAUCUCACCUCCUGCUCCUCCGGUUGUAGUUGUUGUUUAAUCUCUGAAAUUGUGCUUAAUUAAUUAUUCGUGAUUUAUUGCUUU